AUGGAAUACAAAGAAUCAGCUGUUGGUUGUCAGCCUACAUGUGGAAGCCCACCCCCAGAGAUGGCAUGCUCAUUACCGUACGACGGGUGUGUCUGUAAAACUGGAUAUCUCCUUAGUGGUGACAAGUGUGUAAGAGAAUCAGAGUGUGGCUGUCUCACCCCUCUUGGCAUAUAUAUGCAGAUUGGCGAUCCCAAAGUUCAAGACUGUUCGGGUUCUUACGAGUGUAUAGACGACAAUAGCAAGCCUUCACUAAGAUAUACCCCUGGUGGCUCUGCUUGCGUCACCUCUGCAGAGUGCGUGAAGUCGAACGGCAAAUUCAAGUGUCAGUGUCCCGACGGGUUCUCAGGUGAUGGUAUCACAUCGUGUGAUGAUAUCGACGAAUGCCUCUUGAACAUCGAUACGUGUUCUACUGAAACGUCAGAGUGUGUCAAUAUGCCUGGAAGUUAUAUAUGUGAAUGUUUGAAUGGGUUUGAAAUGGUUGAGGACACUUGCGAAGAUAUCAAUGAAUGUGAAAGGAAUGUCGAUAACUGUUUUGCUCUCAGUGCUGAGUGUAUAAACAUACCUGGAAGUUUUAGAUGCGAAUGUUUUGAUGGAUAUAAAAUGGUUGAUAGCAAAUGUGAAGCACCAACGGAUGAACCUUUCAAGAUUCCGGUGGAUGAUGAAAAUGAAUGUCUAACAGGACAAAAUAAUUGUUCAGUCAAUGCUGAUUGUACAGACGAAACUCCUGGAUUUUCCUGUUCAUGCAAAAUCGGGUUUUCUGGGAACGGUACAGAUUGUCAAGAUAUCAACGAAUGUUUGACUGGACAACACAACUGUUCCGAAAAAGCUGAUUGCAACAACCAAAGUCCCGAAUUCUCAUGUGUAUGCAAGCCCGGAUACUCUGGAAAUGGUGAAGUUUGUGAUGAUAUCAACGAAUGUAUGUACGGAAACACCUGUCCAGCUUCAUCAAAUUGUUUAAACAGUCCGCAGGGAAGCUACACCUGUCAAUGUUUGGAGGGUUAUACCAUGGUGAACGACCAGUGCGAAGAUAUCAACGAAUGUUUGACUGGACAACACAACUGUUCCGUAAACGCUGAUUGCAGCAACGGAAGUCCCGGAUUCUCAUGUGUAUGCAAGCCCGGAUACUCUGGAAAUGGUGAAGUUUGUGAUGAUAUCAACGAAUGUUUGACUGGACAACACAACUGUUCCGUAAACGCUGAUUGCAGCAAUGGAAGUCCCGGAUUCUCAUGUGUAUGUAAGUCCGGAUACUCUGGAAAUGGUGAAGUUUGUGAUGAUAUCAACGAAUGUACUGAUGGUACAUAUAAAUGUCCUGCGUCAUCAAGUUGUGUGAACAGUCCACCAGGAAACUACAGCUGCAAGUGUAACGAUGGCUAUACGAUGGAGGCUAACGAAUGUAAACUUGUGUGUGGCAAAAGGAAAUGUGAUGUCAACGCUUCAUGUAAAAGAAAUCGCUGCAUAUGUAACAAAGGUUUCUAUGGAAUCGGUCACAUAAAAUGUUCAGAUACCUGCGGGGGACACGAAUGCGUCAGGUUUUCGAAGUGUCGGUAUAACAAAUGCAAGUGCAACAGAGGUUUCUACGGAGAUGCAACUGUGAAAUGCAAGAGGCUGUGUGGAAGACCAAAGAGAAAAUGUCAUGAAAAUGCCACCUGCAAACGCAACAAGUGUGUUUGUGAUAAGGGUUACAUCGGCGACGGAUUUAAAUGCCACAAACCUUGCACCUGUUCCGCUUCUGGACACGUACACUACCGGACAUUCGAUGGCUCUAUGAUAUACUAUCCUGGAAACUGCAGUUACUUGCUAUCACAGCAUAACGACUCAAAGGACGCCUCGUGCAAUUAUAGGAUCAUUAUCGAUAAUGAAGCUGGACCGCCCGGGGAACCCGUCAUGAUCAAGUCUGUGUCGUUCAACAUAAGUGGACAAACCGUGUUCUUAAAAGGGAAUGAUGUUUUCGUUGAUGGCUUGCAUAUGGAGCUGCCGUACUCGUCUAUGACCGGCGCCAUAAGGAUAUCUCGUAGUGGGGCCUACACGCGAGUGGAGACGGAUUGCCAUGUACGUCUUCAGUGGAGCGGAAAGGCUUCUCUGCUGGUAGAGAUACCUGUCGUGUACAGCCCCUCACUUAAUGGUUUGUGUGGUAACUGCAACGACCAAGAGGACGACUACCGUACCCAAAACGGCGUCGAUGUGUCUGCGUUGGCAGAUAGGGAUAAUGCAAUCGGAAGCAGUUACGCUUUAUCUACUUUGGUGGGCGACGAACAGAAAGCGUAA